CAAACUUGGGUUGUUCUUCUGGAGCGGUGGAGGCUGAGGGGAGAUCUGAAAGAGGAUUAGAAAGUCAUGAGGAGCAAAGCUAGAGCGGACAGCUUUUCCCAGGAUCAAGACGUCUAAUGCCAGAGUGCAUGUAUUUCAGUAGGCACCAGCCUUUGCACAGAGAUUGAGACACAGCCUCCCAGCAGAAAGUAGACAGUGAGCCAGCUGCAUCCAUCAAUCACCGUCCACGCCUCCAUUCACCCAGCAAGAGAGCCCAGUAACCUGGCUUCGGGAUGACAAUGAGUGGGAUGAACACUUCAAACACGACGAGCGACAUGAUCCCACACCCCUCCUUCACUGUGAUCUACGCCAUCAUCAUCGUGCUGGGCCUGGUGUUCAAUGCGGGCGCCCUGUGGGUCUUCAGCUGCCACAUCCGCCUACGCUCGGGCACGACCAUCUACAUGCGCAGCUUGGCCACUGCUGACCUGCUACUGGUCUGCUUCCUGCCUUUCCACAUUGCCUCCUCCUACCAUCCGAAGCUAAGGAACAUCUGCAAGCUCAGCUUCCUCAUCUUCCUCAUCAACAUGUACACCAGUAUCUUCUUCCUGGCUUGCAUCAGCCUGGACCGGUGCAUUGCCACCCUGUUCCCCCUCCGUUUACCCAUGCGCCAGCUGCAGCGGGCAGCCCCGUGGGUCAGCGCCCUGGUGUGGAUCUUUUCCAUCGGCGCCAGUCUUCCGCCUUACCUCAUCUGGAAGUUAAAGUCUGCCAGAAACAACAGCGCGGACACGGAUUGCCUCCAGUUAGAGGCUGUUACCAAGAAGACCACAGUUGCAGUCACCGUCAGUCUCGGCUUUGCCCUGCCAUUCUGCCUUCUGCUGGUCUCCUCUCUGGUGGCACUGUGGGUACUGAGGAAAGGUAAGAACAGUGGUUCGCAGCUACAGAAGGUGCCAAAGGCGCAGGCCAUGAUCCUGGCCAACCUGCUCAUCUUCACCUUCUGCUUCCUGCCCUACCAUACCCUCCUCUGUUUCUACCACAGACUGCUCACCCACUCAUCUGAACUGGCUCUCCAGCUCUUCCAGGCCUCCCAGCUGCUGGCCAGCUCCAACGCGGUGCUGGACCCCAUCCUGUACUACUUCACCACUGAGGCCUUCCGGGAAACGAGGCCCAUUAGCGCAGUGCGUAGUGUGGCGGCCUGUGGGUGCUGGAGGGUGGCCGAAGCCCCUGAAGGGGAUAACAGGAAGAGACCUUCAGAGACAGUUACCUUCCUCUCGGUGGCUAAGGUUUCCUGACCCGUCAUGGGGUCAAUGGUUCAUGUUUGUUUAUUUAUUCAUCACACAAGGCAUGGAACUGAAUGUGUCAAUGUCAGAAGCAAAGGAGUACCCAAAUGGGCCUGGUAUUAAGCAGAGAGAGAGAGAGAGAGAGAGAGAGAGAGAGAGAGAGAGACGCAAGACUGAAGAUCACUUUACACUGUCCCAUCACACACUCCUGGGGCAUUGGUUAGGCACAGAGUCAUGUUGUGGUCGAUGUAGGCUUACCUGCAGUUUCCAGUUUAGUUGGACAAAAAAACAGACAUGGGAAGGGAAGCAGGGGAGGGCGGGUAGGCUUCACUGAAUGUGCAGAGACACAUGUAGGGGGAGGAGCUGAGAAUAUAACUCAACAAAUGGGAUUACAAUAUUGUCACCUUCACAGAAAUAUAGUUGAGAAAAAUAUGGUUAACAAAGGAAAAUGAAGGCUAGAUAAGCAAUAAGGAACCAUGUAUCAGAUGCAGGCCUGUUUGUGGAUAGGAUGAGAAUUGGGGGUUUAGACAUAAGGUUGUCUAAGAGUACAGCACGGCAUAGAUCAGUCGGAGAGCUGGACAGAGCAGUGGCAGAUGAAAUUUAACCCAGGCAAGCGUGAGGUAGUGCACCUUGGGACAUCUAAUCACAGGAACUAUUAGGGAUCCCUGGAGCAUCGAUGUACAGAGGGCUCCUGGGCUGCAAGGUCAUUGCUCCUUGAAAGUGGUGACACUGGUGGAUCGGGUGGGUGAAGCUGUGUUUGGUACGUCUGCUUGAGUACAUGACCUGGAACAUCAUGACGGUGUCAUGCAAACCAGUGGGCAGGCACAGCUGGAGUACCGUGUGCAGUUCCAGACAUCGCACUAUAGACCUGAUGAAGGGCCUCGGCCCAAAACGUCGGCUGUCCACGGGUUCCUCAAGUGCCUUUGUGUGUUUCUCCAGAUUUCCAACCGCCUGUAGUCUCUCUUGUGCCUCUGAUGAAAGAUGCCAUAACAAUAGGAGGCAGUGCAGGAAUGGAGGCCUUUGUAAGGCUAGGCUGGGUUUGCCUCUUGGAAGGGUACAAGGUUGAGGGGUGACUUUAUAGAGAUUUACGAAAUUGAGGGGCAGAGAUAAAGGUAAGGGGUGAAAGUCAUUUUCCCAGGGCAAGAGAGUCUCAAACUCGAGAGCACACAUCUGAGGUGUGAGGGGAGGAAAACACAUCAAAGGGGUAAAGUUUUUAGACAGUGGAUGGUGGGAAGCCUGAGGGAGAGACAGUGACAACUUUUUAAAGCCACUUGGAUGGGUUCAUGGAUAGGAACAUUGUGGAGGGGCAUGAGCCAGACUCAGGCAAGUAUGACCCACACUGAGGGGAGAGGAAAUAAGUCGAUAUCAAUACAAGACUUGUUAGAUAGGAAGCUGCUAUCAGCAUACUUGCCUGCAGGAGCUGCAGUGUCUCCGGCCACUCACAGAACCAUAAAAGGUCGGAUCAGCAGUGCACUUGCUGAAUAAACUUAACGUACGUGGAGUCACUGGAAAUUUUUAAUGGAGCUCUCUCUCUUGUAUGCUUGUAUCAUUUGAAUAAAGGAUUGUUACUGUUGUGCUGUCUGGGUGCAGAGUUAUUAGUAUCCUUCCACAUGAAUGUAGCAAACAGAAAAUAGAACAGUUCAGCAUAGUACAGGCCCUUUGGCCCAUCAUGUUAUGCUAACCUAUAUAAACCUACACCAUGAAGAUCUGACCCUUCCCUCCUACAUAGCCCUCCAUUUGUCAAUCAUCCAUGUGCCUACCUAAGAGUUUAUUACAUACCCCUGAAGUAUCUGCCUUCACCGCCACCCCCAGUAAUAUGUACCAUUCUCUGUGUAAAGAACUU